GUGGGGCCGCCGCGGCCGAGCUGCUCGCUUUGCUGGGCGCCAAGGGCGUGGUGGUCAAGCCCAAGACGUGCUUGCUGACCUUGCAGAGCGGCAUCUGGAUGGUUGAGCGUUUCAGCAAGCAGCUGGCAGGCCGCCGGGCCGCGCAGGCCGAAGCGGAGAAGCAACUCGUGGAAGCGCAGCAGGCGGUGACGCAGGCCAAGGAGGAGGUCGAGGCCGCGCGGAAUCGCCAUGAGCAGGCAAAGGAGGCGCUGGCUCGGGCGAUGCAGGCGGACAAGAUCGGGCUCCCACCUGGGGCCAGUUCCGCGCUCGGGGCCGGGCUCGCCCAAGCUCUCGACGGGCUUGCAGCCGUCGGUGGGCUCGCAGCCGAGGGGCCGCUGCCGGGGCCGUCGCGGUCACCCAUGCUGCCC